CCUCCAAGCAGCUUCACACGCUCGCCCGAUCAAGACACCUCUCUCCUUGCAAUUCGUCUCUCGUUUUCCAGUGAUCUCGAGCUCCCCCGCCACACUAUCAUGGGAACCAAUGCGGUGCCAGCCGACUCCGACGCCAUGAAACCACACGUGGUCGUUCUGCCAAGCCCUGGCUUGGGUCACGUGACACCCCUCUUGGAGCUGGCGCUGCGCCUUGUUACCCACCACGGCUUUCGCGUGAGCUUCCUCAACAUCACCACCGAAGCUUCCGCCGCUCAAAACCAACUGCUUCGCUCCCCUCGCAUUCCGCCCGACCUCCACGUCGUUGAUCUCCCUCUUGCUGACGUGUCCACCCUCUUGUCCUCCGAAACCACCGUCGUCGUCCGUCUCUCUCUCAUCGUGCAGCAAAGCUUGCUCUGCUUGGACACACUCCUAACAGAAUUCACUCCCAAGCCUCGAGCUCUCAUCAUUGAUCUCUUUUGCACCCAAGCUUUUGAUGUGUGCGAGCAGCUCUCCAUUCCCACCUUCACGUUUUUCACCGCCUCUUCCCACUUGCUCGCUUUCUCUUUGUUUCUUCCCAGGCUUGACAGGGAAGCUGAGGGAGAGUUCGUGGACCUUCCUCGACCCGUCGAGGUUCCGGGUUGUGCACCCAUCCGAACCGGAGACUUGUUAGACCAGGUCCGAAAUCGCAAGAUUGAUGAAUACAAAUGGUACCUCUACCACCUCAGUCGCCUUCCCAUGGCCGCCGGCAUUUUACUCAACACCUGGGAGGGUCUCGAACCCGUCACGCUCGCUGCUCUUAGAGAGCAUCCAUUCUACGGGCAGAUACCAAUCCCACCAGUUUACCCGGUUGGACCGGUCAUCAAAGAAGCCGGAGCCCAGUGUGUGGCUUGGCUUGAUAGGCAACCUCCCGAAUCGGUGCUGUUGGUGGCACUGGGUAGCGGUGGCACUCUGAGCGGGGAACAAGUUACUGAGUUGGCUUGGGGUUUAGAAUUGAGUCAGCAACGGUUCAUCUGGGUGGUUCGAACGCCGAGCGACGUGAGUGCAAAUGCCUCAUUCUUCAAUGCAGGAAGCGAUGCCGACGAUCCAAAAUCUUACUUGCCGGAGGGAUUUGAGGAGAGGACGGGGGAAAGAGGGUUGGUGGUGCCGUCAUGGUGUCCGCAGGUGGAGAUUUUAGGUCAUGCAUACACGGGGGGGUUCAUGUCUCACUGUGGGUGGAACUCGACGCUGGAGAGUGUGGCGCAUGGAGUGCCGAUGAUCGCUUGGCCGCUUUACGCUGAGCAGAGGAUGAACGCGACGAUGCUGGUGGAGCAAAUUGGCGUAGCGGUUAGAGCAGGCGAGGGUAGUGGAGGCGUCAUUGGAAGGAAGGAGAUAGAGAAAGCGGCGAGGAUGACAAUAAAAGGUGAGGAAGGGAAGGCCAUGAGACAUAAGGCUAAAGAGUUGAAGCAGAGUGCUUCUGAAACGUUACGCAAUGGCGGAUCGUCGUACGAGUCGCUGGCUUCUCUGUCUGACCAGUGGAGGGCAUGACCUCCUUUUCCUUCAACCUUUAGUUUGACUGCUCGAGACUUCCUCUGAGACGGGGAGGGUUCAUUUUAUUCGUACUUGAAUAAACUGAAGACGGGUGAAGAUAAUUGAAGAUAAAUAACAGGGACAGAGGGUGGCUUUGGGUUUCAUCCUCGAAAAUCAAUUUAACUCUCUCUUUUAAGUUAAAAUCACUUAAUUAAUUAAAAACAGUUUGUUUUGGAUUGAA